CGCUCUAUAUUUGUGUGAGAAAGGGAAAGCAUAGGAAAUGCCGAAGGAAGAAGAAACACUUCUUGUCAUCAGCUCACAGCUUUCUCCUUCUUACUUUCUCUGUCUUUCCCUCUCUUCCCUUCAAAAACCCUGCUUUCUCUCUCUCUAGAUCUGUACUCUCUCUCUCUCUCUCUCUCUCUCUCUAAGAUGGAGCCUCUCUUGCUUUGUUGUUCUUAUCUGUUGGAUUAACGCCACUAAAUGAUACCAUGUGCUUUGAAUUAGAGUGAUUAGAACCCAUAUCGUCUCUGAAAUGAAUAACUUGACUGUUGAAACCGAAGAUACUUUUGCCAGUUUGCUUGACUUUGCUGCUAACAAUGACAUUGAGGGCUUUGAACGGUAUAUUGAGUGUGACCUUUCAGGUAUUGAUGAGGUCGGGUUAUGGUAUGGCCGUCAAAAGGGGUCGAAACAGAUGGUUCUAGAGCAUAGAACUCCAUUAAUGGUUGCUGCUACAUAUGGUAGUGUUGAUGUUGUCAAACUGAUUCUUUCAUUGUCUGAUGUUGUUGUUGAUGUCAAUCGACCGCAUGGCCUUGAUAGAAACACGGCGCUUCAUUGUGCUGCCUCAGGCGGUUCUAUGAACGCAGUUGAUGUUGUGAAACUUCUCUUAGAAGCCGGUGCUGAUCCUAAUAUGAUCAAUGCCAAUGGCCAUUAUCCUAUUGAUGUUAUUGUAGUGUCCCCAAAAUUCCAAGACUUGAAAUUUUCUCUUGAGAAAUUUCUCACAACCAAUGAUUCUGUAUCAACCGCCACUUCGAAUUCUAAUUCUCCACCGCAAUCACCAUCCCUAUCAUCAUCUUCAAACUCCAAUUCUUCCCCCAACAGUUCUAGGUUCAUCAAUGUUACUCUUUCAGAAAAGAAAGAAUACCCAAUUGACCCGUCCAUGCCAGACAUCAAGAACACCAUCUAUUCAACCGAUGAAUUUCGAAUGUUCUCAUUUAAGGUCCGGCCUUGUUCUCGUGCCUACUCUCAUGAUUGGACCGAUUGCCCAUUUGUUCAUCCGGGUGAAAAUGCUCGAAGAAGGGACCCAAGGAAAUAUCACUAUAGUUGUGUUCCUUGUCCCGAUUUUCGCAAAGGGGCUUGUCGAUUAGGGGAUAUGUGUGAAUACGCGCACGGUGUUUUUGAGUCCUGGCUCCAUCCUGCUCAAUAUAGAACUCGCCUUUGCAAAGAUGGCACAAGUUGCAAUAGGAGAGUAUGCUUUUUUGCCCACACACAACAAGAACUCCGACCCUUGUAUGUCUCUACCGGUUCUGCUAUAAUGUCCCCCUCACCGUUCACUCCACCCUUGUCUCCAUCUACCAAUGGCAUUUCAAACAUGGGUUGGCCCCAUCCAAAUGUCCCGGCAUUGAAUCUCCCAGGAAGCAACAAUCAUCAAUCAAGUAGUCGCUUACGAUCAUCCCUUAAUGCAAGAGACUUUGCAUCAGAGGACUUAGAUUUGUUGCCUGAUUUCGAUGUGCAGCAACAACAGCUGCUCCAAAAUGAACUGUGUCGCUUUUCUCAAUUGGGUAUUAGUAAUAAUUCUUUGAACUGUUCUGCUGAGAGCUCUUCUCCCCGGUUUUCUGAUCAGGCACUGGCUUCAUCUGUUUUCUCCCCAACACACAAGUCAGCGAUUUUCAAUCAGUUUCAGCAUCAGACUAUUUCGCCAAUGAGCCCUCGGGUUUCAUUGCUUGCUCAACAUGAGAAGCAAAAACAACAGUUUCGCAGCCGUAGUUUCCGUGAUCUUGGCUCCAAUUCUGCUAGUGAUUCAUGGUCAAAAUGGGGCUCAUCCAAUGGAAAGCCGGAUUGGUCUGUUAAUCCUGAUGAAUUUGGUAGACUUCGUAGAUCAUCGUCGUUUGAGCUUGGAAACAAUGGAGACGAGCCUGAUUUAUCAUGGGUUCAAUCACUUGUCAAAGAAUCUCCACAAGAAGUUGCAGAUGCAGCUGGAUUUUUGAGCGAAGGCUCGAAUCUGAACUCCCAGAUUGAAGCAAAUGAUCAGUCUGUUCUGGGUGAUUGGAUGGAGCAAAUGCAGCUUGAUCAGCUCAUGGCUUGGUAAAACCUUGAUCAUGUUUUACCAAUCUUGAGCAUGAAAAGCAGCGCGUUUUUGGAAAACAGUAUAUGUUUUUGUUGUUUUUUUAUGCAAUUGCAGGUUGUUUUGUAACAGAUUUCCCAAACCCAAUCAGUUUCAAACUUAUUUUGUGAAGUCGUAUUUUCUAAACAUGACUUUAGGAUUUUGAAACCAAAACUUUAACCCAAAAGUCGACCAGUUAUAUUUUGACACAACAUUAGGGUUGUCACUGUUAAAUUUUUUGUAUUCAUGUUUUGAAACCACACUUCAACCCUAGCGUCGCCUUCAUGAAACAACUUGGGUUUAGAAAAUAAGCUUAAAAAGGUUUGGGGUUUGGGAAAUCUGUUACAAAACUACCUGCAUUUGGUAAAGAAAACUGCCUGUUUUUUAUUUUAUUUUUUUGGAUGUGGAGGAUGGUGGCAGUAACAAAGGAAGGAAGGAAGGAAGGGAGCUCAAAUAUUCAGGAAAAAAGUAGUUUUUUUUUUUUUUUUUUUUUUUUUUUUUUUUUUUUGUUGCAGCUGAAGUCAGGAAGGAUGAUGGGACCCUAAACCCAAAAAUAAAAAAAGCCCAGUUCCACCCAAUAUUCAAAAAAACUUUAUGGGGAUCAGAUGCUUGGUGAACAUUGUUCUGUUGCCUUGUGAAUCUACUUUUGAAAGUAUGUAAAGCAUUUUGUUGAAGAAAUAGUGAUAUCCUUCUGUUGAUA